CUACUCCAUAAACUCAAUAAUGUAGAGUCUACUUUUUAAAAAUCUGUAAAAUUAAUUAAAAAUAUAUUUGUAUUCAAGGUAAUCUAUUCGUAGUGUAAGUUCUUGCAACUCUAAAAAAUCUAUUGAAAUCAAAGAAAAUAGAAAGAAAGAAAAUGCUAGAAUACAAACUAAAUUAUCAUAAAUGUAAUAUAAUUAUUUAUGAAAUAAGAACAUCUACUUUUGACAAAUAGAAUUGUAAAACCAGUCCAAGAUCAGGUAGAACUUAAGCAAAACCAAUCUAAAAUUAAGAAAAGAGUUUAAAUGUGAAGCCUAUUUAAAAUUACAAACUAUAAAAUCAGGGUUAUUAAAGACAUAAGAGUUUAUAACAACCUCAAAAAGAAGAAAUAAAGGUCAAAAAUAUGAUAUAACAAUAUCAAUAAGUUUUAGAUAAAUUACUUCCUUUAAUAAAGUAAGAUAAACUUAAUAAAUGA